GUCGUCUUCUCUCGGAUCCUGUUCUGUUUUCUGAUUUCAUUUCCAGUGAUUUGGCACGCUGAUUUUCUCCGCAGAUAACCUUUUUCUCAGAUCGUAAUGUUGGUUGUAGAUCUGAGGUUGAUGUGUGUUUUGAUUAUUAGGUGGUGAUGGCGUUUUUUCUUUUUACUUUGAUGUGUCGUUUGGGGAUUGUAGUUCUGUGAUUUGCAUUCGGAGUUUGUAUUCUGUCGUUAAAUUUGGGGUUUCGGGACAGAUGAACUGUGGAAAGACGGGGAAAUUCUAGGUUAAUUUGGACCGGUUUAUGCGCCUUUGAUUUAGUUUCUCAAUGCCCUUUAACUUGAUUUCCCCAUUCUCUCUUUCAAUGUCACCGCAAGGAGCUCCCCGCUUUGCAAUCAACAUAUGAAAUUAUCUUGAAGUAUGAAGUUUGCAUAUGCGAAGAAAACUUAUGAUAUUGAUGGGAUCAGAUUCUGACAGCUUCAGAAGAUACACAAUGGAGAGACCAAGGUUUAAUGACCAUCUCGAGGCAAUCAAGUUCAUCUGCAAGGACUUCUGGUUUGAGGUCUUCAAGAAGCAGAUAGACAACUUGAAGACAAAUCACAAGGGUACAUUUGUAUUGCAAGACAACAGGUUCAGGUGGCUAUCACGUGUUUCGAUUGACCCUUUGUCUGGGAAGGAAAGUGAAGAUCCUUCAAAGGCAGGAGAAAGCAAGGAAGAGCUAGCAGUGAGCAUGUAUCUGUAUUUCCCUUGUGGAAUCAUAAGGGGUGCUCUCUCUAAUCUGGGAAUCCCUUGUGCUGUUUCUGCCGACAUAUCAAACCUUCCCGCCUGUUCAUUUGUGGUUCGGGUCAAGGCCUGAUACUUUCAGUUUCUGGUUUCAAAGAAGGAAAGGGUAUAAAGAUUCUUCAGCUUUCAGAGACUAUGUAAAACGUAAGUCACUGUAAAAACUUUGGUAACGACAUUAAGUGUAUUCCCACUUUGCCCUUUUUUUUUUACUUUGUUUUUUCAUUUUUACCUGUUAAAAGUUGCCCAAAAUGAAAUGAUUCGUUAGGACAAGGUU